AAACAACAACAAAAACAACAACAACAACAACGACAACGAAACGGACCGCGGAGAGGACUUUAAUUACGAGAUUUAAAACACGCAGCCGCCAGGGAGGCCGUUUGUAAAUGAACUGGCGCGCCGGGGGCUCUAGACGUGGCGGAGUUACCGUUAACCGAGUCUUUCUUCCCCUCUAAUUAAAGAGUAGGGCAGCUCUGCCUGCGGGACCACAAACACCGACACCGCGAAUAAACACGGACUGGGAGGGAGGGAGUGCGCCUCGGGGUUUGAAAUUAUAGUAACUGUGCAUGCACUGCGGUGCUUUUAAUACUGUGUUGAGCGCAGUGGCGUUGCACAAGGCGACAGGAUGCAGAAAGCUGGGCUGCAAUACGAAGCUUUCACAAACUGCGCCGAUUCACAGGCAAACGCGGCCAGUCUUACAGUUACAGCAGCUGAACAUGUUGGUGUUUUUAUUGUAGCUCGAUAUUGCUUGGUCUGAUAUGAAUCCUUUGUUAUUUUUUUUUUUUUUUGUAAUAUUUCGAAAAAACGGACAAACAAAAUACCGCGGUUUCGCAUAAGCGUUGCUUUUUAAAAAAAAAAAAAAAAAAAACUUGAACUUUUCCCUUGGUUUCGCAAGAGCUGCAUUAACAUGCCGUUUCAUUGCUAAAAGCAAACCAGUGGUCGCUGCUCGUACACUAGGGACAUUGUGCUUAAAUAAUAAGGCAGGGUGUGGAGCUGUUUUUGUGUAGUCCGAAACAGUUAAGACGAUACCAAGAUGUGAUUAUUUCGCCUAGAAAUGAAAGGUCCAGGAAUCCAGAGAGGCAGUGAAUUCCGAGCCAGGGGAACAGAGACUGAUCUGCUGAUAUAAAGUUUGUGACAAAUGGGCGGGUUUCACAGACCCUGAUCAGCAUUAGGCAGUCCAGUGUUAGCUACACAAAAACCCUGGGAAAUAGCCUGAUUCACACUGUGUGAAAAAUAGAUGCAUGCACCAUACCUACUGGACUGACCGUCAUUUAAACAGGAGGCUUUUCAGUACAAUGUACACUAGCCCAUUGAAGCUGGAAGCAUGUAGAGCCGAGAAAAAACUAGUACACUUUGAAAACCAUUGACUUAAAUAUCUUUUAGUUGUUCAUAUUGUUUUAGGAAACCAAUACUAGAAUAGUCAGAAUCGAGAUAUCUAUGUGUAGUCAAGUAGAUACGUAAAUGUGUCAUUCUGUCUAGGGAGGACCUGCCUGUUGCGUGUUAGCGUUGCUUGUGUUUGUAUUCACACUGCAGACUGAACUGCAGCGUUACAUCAACGCCUCUAGAACCCUGAGGCUAGCCAGCCUAGCAGAUUUUGUUGGUCUUAUUUAUUUCAUGUCUCAUUUUUUGUUUUUAGAUCAGUUUAACUCAAUAAAGUGGACCCCACAUGUCCCGAUACCCCCCUUCUCCAUGGAACGUAAGACAUGCCAUCGCUCUUGUAACCAUGGCAAUGACAGGUCAGACAUCCUGCUCCUCGAUGAGUAACCACACCAAAGAAAGGGUCACUAUGGCCAAAGUGACGCUGGAGAACUUCUACAGCAAUCUGAUCGCGCAGCACGAGGAGCGAGAAAUGAGGCAGCAGAAACUGGAGAAGGUGAUGGACGAGGAAGGCCUUGUCGACGAGGAGAAGCGUAUAAGACGGUCCCAGCAUGCCCGCAAAGAGACAGAGUUUCUGAGGCUCAAGAGAACUCGACUCGGGCUGGAUGACUUUGAGUCUCUGAAGGUCAUAGGUCGAGGAGCUUUCGGAGAGGUGCGUCUGGUUCAGAAGAAGGACACGGGCCAUGUGUACGCUAUGAAGAUCCUGCGUAAAGCUGACAUGCUGGAGAAGGAGCAGGUGGGUCACAUCCGAGCAGAGAGGGAUAUCCUGGUGGAAGCAGACAGCCUCUGGGUGGUGAAGAUGUUCUACAGCUUCCAGGACAAGCUGAAUCUCUACCUGAUCAUGGAGUUUCUGCCGGGGGGUGACAUGAUGACCCUCCUGAUGAAGAAAGACACCCUCACUGAAGAGGAGACGCAGUUUUAUAUUGCAGAGACUGUGCUGGCCAUCGACUCCAUUCACAGGAUGGGGUUCAUACACAGGGACAUCAAACCAGAUAAUCUGCUCCUCGAUAGUAAGGGUCACGUGAAGCUGUCUGAUUUCGGACUCUGCACAGGGCUGAAGAAAGCUCACCGAACAGAGUUUUAUAGGAAUCUCAAUCACAGCCUUCCCAGUGACUUCACCUUCCAGAACAUGAACUCCAAGCGGAAAGCUGAAACGUGGAAAAGAAACAGGAGGCAGUUAGCCUUUUCCACAGUGGGGACCCCAGACUACAUAGCUCCGGAGGUGUUCCUGCAGACAGGCUAUAGCAAGCAGUGUGACUGGUGGUCCCUGGGGGUCAUCAUGUAUGAGAUGCUGAUCGGUUACCCGCCGUUCUGCUCCGAGACACCGCAGGAGACCUACAAGAAAGUGAUGAACUGGAGGGAGACCCUCACCUUUCCACCCGAGGUUCCCAUUUCUGAGAAAGCCAAGGACCUCAUCCUCAGGUUCUGCUGCGAGGGAGAACACCGAAUCGGAGCCGGUGGUGUGGAAGAAAUCAAGAGCAACCCUUUCUUUGAGGCCUUGGAUUUGGACCACAUCAGGGAAAGACCUGCUGCGAUCUCGAUUGAAAUCAAAAGCAUCGAUGACACUUCAAACUUUGACGAGUUCCCAGAAUCGGACAUCCUCCAGCCUCCAGCUCCCUUAGCAGUGAGUAACCAUUCUGAGGCUGACUACAAGAACAAAGACUGGGUCUUCAUCAACUACACUUACAAACGCUUUGAGGGGCUGACGGCAAGGGGAGCCAUUCCCUCGUACAUGAAGACAGGGAAGAGAUAAACUGGGAGACCCCCAUGGACCUGACUCACGUCUUUUACUUGCUUUGUUUAGCGUUUUGGUCUGUAGCUACAGGGCUUUGCGGGGCUUCCUUGCCCUCUUCUGUCCUGUAGAUCUGUGGAAGUGCUGAGGAGAGCUUCAUCCCCACAAACUCAGCUGGAUAUUCAGAAACUGAGCCUUAAAAUCAGCUUGCUCCAGUGUCUCGGAACAAGCCAAGGGCUUUACCGUCGACACGGAUCCUGCUGUCCAUUUCAACAGAGCUCCAAUACCAGGAGAUACAAAAAACAACAACUGCCUUCUGCUUCAUAAAAACACCACGACUGCACAAACCAGCAAAGCAGUCCGCCAUGUGCAUCUCUUUAAAAGAGCGUUCUUUCAGUCUACUGGCGCUGCCCAUUGCGCAGUGCUGACAAAACUCCUAUGCAAACCUAAAAGUUUUAUUUUCUUGGUAUGCUGAUGUCAUCUCCAAAAUGCCUUUAUUAUUAUUUUUUUAUAUAUAAAGUGAGGGCUCGUCUGGUUCCUCACAGUUUUUUUUUUCGAUUUUAACCCAACUUUCUGAAGAUAUGCAGAAUGUGGACUGGCACACUGUGACUUAACUUAUUGUAACACUUUCCUUUCAAGUGGUGAAAGAGGAUCUGAUUUCUACAUUUUUAAAUAAUAAUAAUAAUAAUAAUAAAUCAUAGCACAUGCGUGGUUCUGCUAAGAAAGCACAUGUUAAAACCUCACAAUAUAUAUUUAUUUUCCCGUAACGAGUUAUUUCCGUAGUUGCACCAGAGGAUUAUGGGAACUGUAGUUGGUGUUGGAAUUAUUAUUAUUUAUUAUUAUUGUUGUUAUUAUUAUUAUUAUUAAGUUACUGUGCUUGUCCUGAACAAGGACUGAACGUUUAAUGAUUUUAAAAUGGGAGAGACGGUGCCCUGACUUUCUAAGUAAUGCGCAUCAAUCCCUGCAGAAAUCUAGCACAGGUACAUAAAAUUAAGUUCAGCAAAUUUCAAACCCCUAAGAACCCACAUUUAAUUUUGCGAAUAGCGAUUCGUUAUUUUAUAUUGCUGUCUCCUGUUCUCAAGUUACCUUGUGAACUCAAACGACUGGCUGGUGCAACCUGACUUUCUUGGAAGGAAGGCGGGCGCUGUGAAGCUGUCUUUCUUUUGUGACUGAUCUGAUCCGCUAAGUUCAAGAUGAGUCUAAUGUUAAACCAGGUCUUUGCUGUAUUUAUUUCAUUUGAGUAGAUAUUUCUUGUGUAAAUAUAACACACUUUCUUUCAGUAACAGCUGAUUGUGUCUGUGUGUUUUAAAGCUGUACAGUAGGUAUGCAUGUUGUCUUGAAUGCAGUUGCUGUUUUCCGGUCUGCACAAUCUUCCAUGGCAGCCUCCUGCUGUAAUGGUAUUUUAAGUACGCAGGAAUUUUUUCUUCACAUUUUGAAACUGUUUUAAACCGCAUUCCUGCGGUGAAGUUUCGACGUGGGACCACACAUUUGUGUUGUAUAGAAGACCCUUAUUAAACACACCACAUACUGGCUGUGACUGGCCAACACUGUAAAAAGUCUGUUGUAGCUGAUCCUGAUCCGUAGUGCUUAGUGUGGGACAGAGUUAGGAACGGGGAGACCAGCAUGCAUGGGCUAAUUAUCCCAGACAGCUGAAGUAGCUUUAGCACCGUUGCCGGAUGUGUGCGUGCAUAUUUAAUAUAUAGGGCUUCAUUUGAACUACCUGAAGGAGUUGAAGAGAAGGUCCAGCAUCGCCUGGCCAGUCCUGCACUUGGAGCACUAAGAAUCCGAGUCUUAUCUGUUUCUAAUUGUCGUCCUGCACCCUCACGAGUACAACGCAGCAUUAAAUCCUCACAUCUGAACUGCUUUGUGAGGGUCUCUCACAGUCGCCAGCAUAUUAAGGAAUUGAGCGGGCCAGGUCUCAGUUUAGGGUCCACAGAGUUUUAGCACGCUGCUUUUGUUCGUUCUAUAUAAUUAUUUUGUAAAGGUACGUAUGCCAAAGAACUUUUAAUAGAGCCACGGUACAACACAUCAGCUGGAAUUUGAGCAAGUCCUUUUGUUCAGUUGUGUAUUUUUUGUGCGGUGUUAGCGACUGUAGUUCCACCAGCCUGUCUGUAUCCUACCGUGAAAGUCGCUCGCUGUACCGCAGGGUGUGUGCUAGAUGCCGUGUUGUAUGUUAUAUUUUAGAUGCUCUGUAUUCUGUUUUAUUGAUCUCUUUUCAAAGAGGCUUGUUGCUGCCCUUCACCCACAUAUUUAACCUGCCUUUUUAAAAGAAAACAAAAAAAAACAAGAAUUGCUGUUUUAUUUUACGUCCAGGCAAUGUUACUUUCUUUUAAGGUUUUGAAAUGUAAAACCCAACAGCGGCAGACUUUGCUGAAGUGUGUGUCUCCUCACUGGGGGACUGUUGGACAGUCUUGUUUGAAUCUUUGUAAAUGUACGCUCCUAACCCUGGCCUUCGUGUUCCUCCCUGCACUGCAUCCACAGCAGAACCCUUUUUACCAGACUGUCCUGUUUUCUGCACUGGUCGAGUUUCUCUCACAAGCAGCAAAGUUUCUGGGUGUGAGAACUUCUCUUUUUUUAAGCCUGUGUUUGUUAACACAAAGCAGUUCAGUUAAACGGGUUCUUGCUGUGCGCAGUGCCACCAGCAGUGUGACUCAGGCCACUGAUUUGUACGACUGAUUUUUCCUACUCCUGAUAGGGUUAUAUAUGGCUGCCUUACAAGUUUAUUAUGUGUAAAUGUAGUUGCUAUGUAUUGGGUAUUUUUAGAUUGUCGUUAAGUUUGAACUGUAUCUAUUUUCAUUUACCUGCCUAAAAGUAAAGCUUGUUUCUAUGAAAGGAGCUUCACAUGCUGCCAAGUAACAGCAGCCCUUAAACUAUACAAUAAACACUUGUGUGUAA